CCCAUUUCUAAGUAUAACCUCAAUUAGCGGGAAAUCUGACCACAAAACUCGUUUAUUUUUCUCGGAUCAUCACAUUUUUCUUCAUUUUCCCAGGAAAAUCUUCAGAUCUGUGCAAAUACAAAAUUCAGAGGAUAUACGUACACAUCCUGCAUUUUCCCGUGGUUCAUUCAAUGUCAUAAAUCCGUGAAGGUACUCACAUUGCACGUUUUGAAUGACCCUUUCUGCUCCAUUCAAGCAAUAUGAUACCUACAUUGUACAUAAUGCCAUGCUUUCGCUUGGUUGUGCUGAUCGUAUUGAUUAGGUUGUUUCAAAUCUAGGAAGCUGAUAUAAACUUUUAAGCUCCCAAACAGGCAUGGCCUUUUCCAUGAGAAAUUUGGAUCCAGCACUUCAAGGAGCUGGGCAAAAAGGUGGGAUUGAGAUAUGGCGCAUUGAAAGCUUUAAGCCAGUUCCCAUUCCAAAGGAUUCUUAUGGUAAAUUUUUCACCGGCGAUUCCUAUAUUGUCUUGAAGACCACAGCAUCAAAAAGCGGGGCCUUGCAUCAUGAUAUUCACUAUUGGCUCGGUAAAGAUACCAGUCAGGAUGAAGCGGGUGCUGCAGCGGUCAUGACUGUUGAACUAGAUGCAGCACUAGGUGGACGUGCUGUUCAGUACCGGGAAGUUCAGGGACACGAGACCGAGAAAUUUCUUUCGUACUUCAAGCCUUGUAUAAUACCCCAAGAAGGUGGAGCUGCUUCUGGGUUCAAACAUGUAGAACCUGAAGAAUAUCAAACACGUCUGUACGUCUGCAAAGGAAAACAUGUUGUCCAUGUCAAAGAGGUUCCAUUUGCUCGGUCCACUCUCAACCACGACGAUGUUUUCAUUCUCGAUACGCAGUCUAAAAUUUUUCAGUUCAAUGGAUCCAACUCAAGUAUUCAAGAAAGAGCAAAAGCACUCGAGGUUGUUCAGUAUAUUAAAGACACCUACCAUGAUGGAAAGUGCGACAUUGCAGCUGUUGAGGAUGGGAAAUUAAUGGCUGAUGCUGAAGCCGGUGAGUUUUGGGGUCUAUUUGGCGGGUUUGCUCCACUUCCAAGGAAAACAGCCAACAAUGAGGACACGGCUGAUGGUUCUGAUGAAAUUCAGCUCUCAAGUGCUGAGAAGGGACAGGUAGAACCCGUUGAGGCCGAGUCUCUACAGAGAGAGCUAUUGGACACUAACAAAUGUUAUAUUCUGGACUGCGGGCUAGAAUUAUUCGUUUGGAUGGGUCGAAGUACUUCGGUCAAUCAAAGAAAGAGUGCGAGUGAAUCUGCAGAAGAGUUGCUCCGUUCAUCUGGACGACCACAAUCUCACAUCAUUCGUGUGAUGGAGGGAUUUGAAACGGUGAUGUUCCGGUCGAAGUUUGAUUCUUGGCCAGAAACUAGUAAUGCAGCACCAUCCGAGCAAGGCAGAGGCCGAGUAGCGGCUCUGCUACAACGACAAGGAGUUGAUGUUAAAGGCCUGAUCAAGACUUCUCCCUCCAAAGACGAAACUCAGCCACACAUUGACGGAACUGGAAAUAUCCAGGUUUGGCAUAUCAAUGGUGAGGAAAAGAUCCUUCUUCAAGCUGCAGAGCAGUCGAAGUUCUACAGCGGAGAUUGCUACAUCUUCCAGUACUCGUAUCCUGGAGAGGACAGAGAGGAAUAUCUUGUAGGAACUUGGUUCGGUAAGCAAAGUGUCGAGGAAGAUAGAGCUGUUGCUGUUUCUAUGGCGAGUAAGAUGGUAGAAUCCAUGAAGUUUAUGCCCGCUCAGGCUCGGAUUUAUGAGGGAAAAGAACCGAUUCAGUUUUUCGUGAUUAUGCAAAGCUUUAUCACUCUUAAGGGUGGCAUCAGCGACGCAUUCAAGAAGUACAUUGCAGAGAACGAGAUCCCUGAUAACACUUAUGACGAGGAAGGCAUUGCCUUGUUUCGGAUUCAAGGUUCUGGGCCAGAGAACAUGCAAGCAAUUCAGACAGACCCAGUGGCCUCAGGGUUGAAUUCAUCGCACUGUUACAUAUUACACAGUGGUUCUACUGUUUUCACAUGGUGUGGAAAUCUCACUUCCUCGGAUGACCAAGAACUCAUGGAGAGAAUGUUGGAUCUGAUCAAGCCUAAUGUGCCGACAAAGCUACAAAAGGAAGGUUCGGAGUCGGAACAGUUCUGGGAGCUGUUAAGCGGAAAAACAGAAUAUCCAAGCCAGAUGAUUAAAAAGAAGGCAGAGAAUGAUCCUCAUCUCUUUUCUUGCACCUUCUCAAACGAAAACCUGAAGGUUACAGAGAUCUUCAACUUCACACAAGAUGAUUUGAUGACUGAAGAUAUCUUCAUCCUGGAUUGUCACACCGAGAUCUUCAUAUGGGUAGGGCAACAGGUCGACCCUGAGAAAAAAACACAGGCUUUAGCAAUUGGAGAGAAAUUUCUUGAGCACGAUUUCCUCCUUGAAAAGCUGCCUCAUGAGGCUCCGAUAUACAUUGUUACCGAAGGAAAUGAGCCUCCAUUUUUCACUCGGUUCUUCACCUGGGACUCUUCAAAGUCUGCAAUGCAUGGAAACUCUUUCCAGAGGAAGCUUGCUAUCCUGAAGAACCAGAAGCCGGUUCUAGAUAAAAAGAAAAGGAGGGGACCUGUUUUCAGCAGCCGGUCCAGCGUCCCAGACAAGCCACAGGCCCGCUCGAGAAGUGUGUCAUUCAGUCCAGACAGGGUUCGGAUGAGGGGACGGUCCCCUGCCUUCAACGCUCUCGCGGCUAACUUUGAGAACCCGAGUGCAAGAAACCUCUCAACUCCACCGCCAAUGGUCAGCCCGAUGGUCCGGAAGCUUUACCCGAAAUCUAUUGCCCCUGUCCUUGGGAAACUCGCCUCAACAUCCUCGGCCAUUGCUGCUCGUACAGCUCUUUUCGAGAAAACUCCACCGCCCAUUCAGGAGCAACCUACUGAACCCGGCUCUUCUGAAGCAACAGUACAGAUGGAGGCAGAAAAUGCAACGACAGAGACAGAGGAGACAAAGGGAGAAAAAGAGAGCAAUCAAGAUGAUGUUAAAGGAGAAGAAGAAACCGAAGAAGAGAUCGAUCUCCCGACUUUUCCUUACGAACGCCUCACCACAAACUCAGAAGACCCUCUUCCUGACAUCGACGUUACCAAAAGAGAGGCGUACCUGAGUUUGGAAGAUUUCACGGAGAAAUUUGAGAUGACAAAGAAGGAAUUCUACAAGCUGCCCAAGUGGAAACAGAACAAGCUUAAAAUGUCUGUUUAUUUGUUCUGAAGAAACCUCCUCUGCAGUCCCGUUUCUUCUUCAUCCGAACCCAGAAUCUUUAUGUUCUCCAGUUGAAGAACAAUGGCGCAUAAGGACAUUUGAAGAAACCCUUUUCCUCCCCUGAAACUGAAAGGCAUUCAUACAUCUCUUCCAUCUUCGAGUUGCUGCAUCGUCUCCAGAUAAAUAUAACAUAUAUGACGUAUUUAUACGCAUAAAUCCUGAUUUUUUUUCUUAAAAUUUGUUUACACUGAUCCGUUUGUUGUGAUUUUGAGACUAUUUUUAAUUAUAUUACUGAUGAAAUUAUGAGAUAUGUAAAUCGAACGGUGUAGAGAGAACAAUUGGUCAUUUUAUUCAUUUCUGUUC